AUGCUCAGAGUAUCAUCACUACUCAAAAAUUCAUCAUCAUUAAAAUGUAUACCCAAAUUAGCAAGUAAACAAUACUUUUCAAAUUCAUCAAUAAAUAAUGAAGCAUCAAUUUUUAAAAUGCCUGCAAUGUCGCCAACAAUGACAGAAGGUAAAAUUAUAUCAUGGAAAUUAAAACCUGGUGACUCAUUUAAUUCUGGUGAUGUUUUAUUAGAAGUUGAAACUGAUAAAGCUAGUAUUGAUGUUGAAGCUGCAGAUGAUGGUAAAAUUUGGGAAAUUCUAGAACAAGAUGGAGCUAGUGGUAUACCUGUUGGUAAACCAAUUGCAUUUUUAGCUGAAGUUGAUGAUGAUUUGAAUAGUUUGGAAAAGCCAAAAGUUGAAGAAUCGAAAGAAGAGCCAAAGAAAGAGGAACCAAAGAAAGAAGAGCCAAAGAAAGAAACAAAAAAGGAAGAGCCUAAGAAGGAGCCAAAGAAGGAAACAAAAAAAUCUGAAUCAAAACCAACUGACUCCUCAUCAAUACUUCAAAAAGCAAAUCCAAAUCAAAAAUUUUCACCAUCAGUUGAAUUAUUAUUACAUGAAAAUCAUAUUUCAAAAGAAGAUGCAUUAAAUAAAAUUCAAGCAACUGGACCAUCAGGAAGAAUAUUAAAAGGGGAUGUAUUAGCAUAUUUAGGAACAAUAAACACAGAUAGUGUUGUAAAUAUUGCAAAAUUUAUAAAAUCAAGAGAACAUUUAGAUUUAUCAAAUAUAACAAUUGCAAAAACAGAUACCAAGACAGGAUCAAAAGAUACACCUACAACAAAACCACAAGAAAAACCUAAACCAAAAAAUAUACUUAAUGUUGAAUUAACUUCUACAAUAUCAGAUGAUAUAUCACCUCAAAAUUUCAAAAAUUCAUUUAAAAAUAUAAUAAAAUCAUCAAUUCAACAAACUUAUUCUUCAAAAUUCCCACAAUUUGCAAAUUCUCCAACUGCUUCAUCAAUAUAUGAUAAUUAUGAUAUAUUUGAAGAAUUAAUAACUCCAUCAGUUACAAAAAAUAGAUUUGAAAUAAGUGAUAUUAAAUUUAAAUUUUAUAAUCAACAACCACCAAGAACAAAACAAAUAGUGGUUGAUGAAUUUGAUGAAAUAUUAGUUAAUAAUUCAAUAAAAAAUGAGAUUUCCACUCAAUAUCUUGAAAUUGGUUCAUCAAAUGUUUUAAUACUGUUUAAAAUUAAAUUCAAUGAUCAAUUAUUAGAUUCGAAACAAUUUGUUUCAAAUUUUGAAGAAAUUUUAAUAUCUCAAAUUCCAACUAAUAAAUUGAAAAUAACCAAUUGA